CCUUAUCCCCCUCCCCUCCCCCUCUUCCUGCUCUUCCUCCUCUUUUUCUCCUGCUGCUCCUCCCCUCUUCCCCCUGUUCCUCCUCUUUUCCUCCUGCACUUCCCCAUCAUAGCUCUCCUCCUGCUGCUCCUCUCCUCUACCUCCCCUUGUCCUCGGGAGGUCGGCGCCGUCGCCGCCGCGCUCUGAGGCCACGAGCUUCGUGCGCGCGCUGGACUUCAGCUACAGCCUCCGAAUCUGCAACGCGUACCCAUUUGCGUCGCCGCUGGAGGUGAUCCGUGGCGAGCACGAGAGGCUGACUGGCAAAGAUGGCCCCAUGCCUUACGAGACGUGCAGGGACUUCAGCGUGCCCCUCAAGGUGGGUGACAAAUUGGAGUUCAAGAUCGGUGAGGCCACCACAGGGACCUUCGCCGUGUCCGAGCUGCCAGCCAGCGACUCGGUGCUGCUGCUGGUGGUGGCCAGGCACGACCCGCUGAGCACAGCCGUGUCGUUCGAGUCGCACGUCUUCUCCAACAUGGAGAGUCCGCAGGUUGCCAUCAUCGACGCCUACGAGGGCAGCGCGAAGGGCAAGGCGGUCAUCUCUGACGCCCAGGUGAAGGGUGGCCCACCCGCCCGCCGCGAAGAGCUCCGCUACAGCAGCGUCGUGUCCGUCCUCGCCGGCGAGUACACGGUCGAGCUCGACGGCGCCAAGGGCCCCGAGACCGCGUCGAAGUCUCUGGUUGCCCUGCCGCACGAGAACUACGUCCUGCUGCGGACUGACGGGCAUCGAAUCGCGCAACGGGCAGUCGUACCCCGAGGACCUGGUUGUCUUCCCGAACUCCCAGGCCAAGGUCGUCCAGCGGAGCGCCGCGGCCAUCGCGCGCGUGCCGGCGGUGGCCCUGUUGGUCGCCGCGGUGGUGCUCUGAGCGCGCGGCGCUCGCGCGCGCCGCCUGGUGCCCGGAGGGGCGCGGAAGGUGUCCGGCGGUGCGCCAAGGAAGAGACCGAGGCCCCUCCGAUCGCACACGUCUGCUAUUUCAACGGGCUGUAGACGCUGGAGGACUGGUGGCGCGGCGGCCUCGGCGCGACGGUCGGUAGCCUUGACUCCAGCGUUGGCUGGCAGACCCCAAGUUCCUCUCUCUUGGCACCUGGUCCCCUUCCCCUGUCCCUUCUUCGCUCCUGUCCUCUGCCCUCGCUUGUGCCUGGCGCUACGCUUCACUCACGCUCGACUCUCUCUGGGGCCCCCUCCUUCGCCGUCUAAGGGACGCCGCGGAGGCCUCGAGUGCUGCCGGGGGCCUCGGAGCAGUCGACCUCGUAUAGGGUAGCUGGUGUGCUCCGUGCUGGCAGCGCCGCCAGGCGAUUGUCCAAUACUAUGCGCAACUUUCCUCCGCCAUGCCGGUGUCGCACCCCCCCCCUCUCUUCUGUGCAGCUUCGCCUCGCCCAGCGCCGUGCACGAAUCGCCGUGCGCGAGGCCACCCGGGAGGGUCGUCGGCCCAAGAUGCAUGGUCUCUAUGCGCGCACCCUUGCGAGUCUUGCCUAUCCCGAUAAGCCUGAGCUCCUAAUUGGGCGGCGCCUGCGGUCCUGGUUCGAUUGUCCUGCCCCCCGAAACAUGCGAGUUCGAUGGAGCCUGGUGCGGGAAAUCCUGCGCCGGGCCCCUCCGAGCAUUCGCUGGCCGUACCUGAAGACGAUUUCGGGGGGAUGGACCACCAUGGGCCGAAUGCACGUUACAGA